GCGGACUUCCCUACGGUGAUAGGCGUGACCCUCGACCGAGAGGAUGGCAGCACGCCAAUGGAGACGGAUGGUGAAAAGACCAAGCAGAGUGGCACCACCUACUUUAUUGAUACCAACCAGCUGAGGGAUGGAGUGCGAGAGGGAUCAGCAGCCAGCUGGAAGAAAAAAGAGAAACUACCUCAAGUCACCCGCUCAUGGCACAACUACAUGUGUAACUGCGUGAUCCAGGACUUCCAGCAAGCUGUGCUGCAGGUGUCAGACUCUCCAUAUGAUGAACAGAUUGCUGCACAGAUGCCCACAGUGCACUACGAGCUGCCCAACGGCUACAACGCUGACUUUGGAGCUGAGAGGCUGAAGAUCCCCGAGGGGCUCUUUGACCCCUCCAAUGCCAAGGGCCUGUCUGGAAACACCAUGUUGGGAGUCGGCCACGUUGUGACGACCAGCGUGGGAAUGUGUGACAUCGACAUCCGGCCG